UAAAUUGGGUAAAAUUCUAGUAUUUUAAGGAAUAGAUUGUUAGACAACAAUUCAAAGCCAAUAAACUUCAAUCAGAUAAUGAGAUUUCUAUAUAAGCCAUUACACCAUUGAAGCAAAUAUUUAGUCUUUCCUUUAAUUGACAUUAGAAAACAAAAUGAAGUUACUGAUUAUUAUUCUUGUGACUGUCUUAAUGAACAGUCAGGCAAAAUCAAUUUUGGAAAUUUACAAUCCAACCAAUGAAUAUUUGUCAACAAAAGAAGAUUCAAAUAAUUCUACAGUAAAAUUCCUGGGAUUGAGUUUAAACUCAAAACUCGAGCAAAUUAGAGAAAUGUUAAAAAAUGGAAAUGAAUCUUUGGGAAUUCCAGUUUGUGAUCCUUUUAAACUAGAACACAUGGAAGAAAAACUUAAUCUUUUUAACGGCUCAAUUGAAGGUUCGGGAUCCAUUGAUAAUUUAUUAUUUACUGGACUUUCGGGCUAUAAAGUAAUGAAAGGUGAUAUUUCAAUAAUCAAGAGGGCAAUGAGUCUGAAACUGAAAUGGCCUCGUUUGGAGGGAAUUUCAUUUUACAUUAUAAAUGCGUUCAUAAAAAAUAAAAUGAUUCAAAUUUACGGAGGAGGAGACUUCCAAACAGUGACUGAAAAUUUAAUAUUCGAAACUGACGCCUAUUUCGGUUUGAAAAAUGGAAAAGUCUACAUUAAAAAUAUGGAUACACGAAUCUCCUUUACAACUUUUAAGUUUACUAUCACGGGAUUGUAUUACGAUGAAGAUGUUUCAAAAACAAUGAGUGUCUUCGUAACGGAAUUUGUAAAACAAAUAUUUCGUGACAAUCAGAAAAAUUUGGUUAACGUUGUCAAUAGCUUUAUAAUGAUUAAUGCUAAUAAAUACUUAAGUAAUAUGACUUUUCAAGAUUUACUAAAUCUUCUAAAUUAAUAUUUUCUCAUAUUUCUCGUCAUCUAAUAUUGUCAAAGUGGAUCACCUGCGGCAGACUCUAUCUGAAGUUGAAAAAAGUACCAAUAUUGGAAUUAUUUUAAAGAAUAUUUUAUCUUAUAAGGUAUUUACAAUUUUUUUUUAAACCAAAGAUUUCGAUCUAUUUACUUUUUAUAAUAAUUUAUUAAUUGUAUUUAUUUCAUAAAAUUUUAAUUAUCAAGAAAUAAAAUUUCCGCAGGUGAACUAACUUUGUAAUGUUGUAUUUAAAUGAUAUAUUAAUUCAAUUAAUUAAAAAAUAUUAACAGCGUUUAUUCUAAUUCUAUUUACAAUUAAAUUCAUAGCCGUGUAUACAUAUAUAGAUUGUAAAUAAAAAUAUAUAGCAACA